AUGUGUGUCUUGGUGAAGUCUAGUGGAAGGGAGGAUUUUUAUUUUGAUAAGGAAAAAUAUGAUCAUGGACAUGAAGCUCCAAAUUUUAGGAAGCUUGCUGACAAAGUUGCAGCUGCGGAUCAUGGAUCAGACAAAGGUUUUGAAGAUGCAAAACUCAUAAUUGAAGCCAUAAAAAGUGAAGGUGUUGCAUCUGUCGGAGUUGCUGGAUUUUGUUGGGGUGGUAAGGUUGUUACUGAACUCGCAAAAUCCAAACUUAUUGAAGCAGUUGUGCUAUUGCAUCCAUCAUUUGUCUCUCAGGAUGACAUAAACGGUGUUGACAUUCCAAUUUCUAUACUUGGAGCUAAGAUUGACAUGUGUUCUCCUCCAGAGCUUGUCAAACAUUUUGAAGAAAUCCUUACGGCUAAUUCUGUGGUCAGAUUUAUUUUUCUUUCAUUCGUUGAUAUUUCGAUCUUAUAUUUUUUUCUUAUACAAGUUUUUGUGAAAAUGUUUUCUAAAGUUUCACAUGGUUGGACUGUGAGAUACAAUCCAGAGGAUGCAGAAGAAGCGAAGGCAGUAGAGGAGGCACAUCAGGACUUGCUGGACUGGCUUGCUGAACAUCUCAAGUGGGAAAUCUUUGUCACUUGA